UUUUUAUUCUUUGAAAAGUUCUUACAAUUUUAUUCAGAAUUUUAUUGUUUUAUGCUUGCAAAACAAAACAUUUUUAACUCUACUGAGAGCUCUGGGUAUUAUUUGUAAAAUUAUUACUGAACCAUAUUUUGUUAAAGCUACAGAAGUUGGAAACAUUUUACUUAUGGGCAGUGUAUUCCAGAGACUUUUAUAUGUUUUAGAUUUAUUGGUAGAAAACCCUAUUUUAGCAUUGAAUAACGAAGUUUCACUUUUUUAUGGUCCUUGUUUUUAUGAUGGUGUCUUUGAUUUUUUACUUAAAACUUCGCUUAACAACGAUCUUACUUGUGUUUUUAUAAAACGUUUAUGUUCUGUUUUAAAAAGCAAAGUUUCAAAAUUGUUUCAUGAAUUUUUAAAAGGAGGGAAGUAUUUUAAUGUUCAUCAAGGUGAUUUACCUGAAUGUAACUCAUGUUCAACUAAUAAUAUAUGUUUAGAAAGACUUAUGGGUCAAUUGGAUUUUAAACUUAAAGUAGCUUCUACCUCAACUGUCAACAGCGUAGAAAGCUGUAUUUUAUAUUCCAACAACAGAACAGAAAAUUGGCUUAAAGAUAAAGAUCCGAAAGAGCAGCAAGAAAUUAUAGACAGUGCAAGAUCACAAAAUCGAGUUUUUAUGAAAAAGGACAGAGAGAGACAAGAGGAACUUUUUAUUAAACAAACGAAGAUUUUAGAACAAAAAGAGAAUGAAGCAAAGAGAAAGAAGGAGAGAAAAGUUAAUCAAAUAGAGAAGGCAAUAGAGGACAUGAGAACAGUAGGGUUAUGGGAGAGUGAAGAAAAGAUCAAGGAGGAGGUGGAAAAAUUGAGAACCAAAAAGGAGAAAAUGGAAAGCCUAAAAAAUCAAAUAAACAUAUACAAAAAAGUGUUCGAGAUUGACAAACAUUUUAAAGAACUUUUACAAUUCUCAUCAAAAGGCAAAAUAUAUGACAUAAGCAAAUUACAACAAAAUCUUACAAAACUAAUAAUGUUAAGGAGAAAUACACCGAAAUACAAAGCAAGUGACUUAGUGGGCAAAGCCAUCAUACAUACAUGGACACUGGAGAAUGGAGAAAAUAAAGAGUAUGAAGGAGAGAUAAGAGGAUUCGAAGAUGGUGUUUUCAAAGUUGUGUACUGGGAUGAUAAAGAGAAGAAGGAAGGCAAUGAGUUUGAACUAACAGAGAGAGAGAUUAAUACUGACAUACAAGAAGGAAAUCUUUUUAUAAAAGAUACAACCAACCUGGAUCACUGUUAUUCAACAUUUUGAACAAGACUAUAAGUACAGACGGUGGAAUAGCUAAACGGA